UCCUGCUCCUCCUCCACCCUACCACCUCCUUACUCCUUGACCACUCCACCCUCUCCUCCUUCUUGGGCGUUAUCCUCCUAGCGGCUAUAACCUUUUAAUAGCCUCGAGUCUCAGUGCCUCUCCACCCACGCCACCGCCAUCACACGCGUCCCUUGAAGAGCUCCUAGUACCCGUAGACACCGAAGUGAUGGAGCCGACCGCGUGGGAUAUCCGUAAAGCCGCGAUUCAGGCAGCCGAGAAGCACCUUGUCAGUAAACCAGCUUGGCAACUCGGAGCAAGGCGUGUGCCCAAGUCUCCCCCCACCGGCCAGGCUGCUCAGAUGCCCGCCACGCCGCCCGGUCCGCCUCAGCCACAGCCUCCCAGUCGCUUCCCUCCUGUUGUGAGUUGCAGGUCGAGCGAAGUGGUCACAGGAGCCCCCAAGACGGAGACGCAGCAGCAGCAGCCGCAGGGCGCCGCCCCUUGGUCGCCCCCCGCCUCGGAGUGCUCGUCACCGCCGGGUGCCAGCACGCCCACGGGCUACCAGACCUCCGCCCCGAGCUCACGUGAGGGUUCCCCAACGCCCCGGAAGAAGGUGGCGCGGCGCCCCGCGGGGCAGGUGAGUGGCGGGGGCAUGGUGGAGGCAGGGCGGGGUGAGGCACCGCAGGGCACCGCGAUGUGGCGGACUCGACCAGAAGCCACCAGUGAGAGGGUCGUGCCGCCCUGGGCUGAGCCGGACGCCCAGGCGCCCCCGCCGCCCUCACAGCUGCACCACGCCCUCUCGCCGCCCCCCCAGCGGCGCCAGAUGAAGCCUGCAGCACCCACGUCCUCGGCCGUGGAGGCCACGCCGUCGCCGACACACUUCAACCGGCCGGCGCCGGGCUCCAGCCCCGUGGCGGGCCGGCGAUCUCUCUUCCGCAACAACGCCCCGCACCGCGCACGCUCCGUGGACUCAAUCCCGCGCAACCCGCCCUGGACCGAGCACAAGCUGCGCCACACCCCGAGGACCGAGUCGCCGCUGACCAAGGCCACGUCCUCCACGGCGCUGGAGAAGAACGUGGAGUACAUCAUCCCCAUCAGCACGGAGACGCGCGACGCGCCGGAGCUCAACGGCGGGUGUCCCGCCCCGGGCGUCGACGUGCUGCAACAAUCGUCCUCCACGCCGGUCAGCGCCAGCCCCGCCGCCGAUGGUCAGCCCGGCCCUGGCAGCCUGCCGCAGGAGCAGAGUUCCCCCACGCCUUGGCGUAAGAAUGUGGCUGGCCGGGCGGGGGCUGCCAACGUCACACACACACAGCAGCAACAGCAGCCCGCGCCUGCCCGGCCUACCGCCAGUCCCGUCCCUGACAGUGCGCGCUCAGCCACCGGAGGUCCCGCGGCCCCGCCCACCCAGCAGGCGCCCUGGAGGAGACCCGCGGCGGAGGCUGACCCGCCGUCACAGACCCCCGCAGGCAAGGCCACCCCCGUCACCCAGCAGCCCGCCAGCCAGGAGCCAGCACAGGCAGACGCGCAGCCCAGUUGGCGAAAACAGCGAACAAAACCUCGCCAGGGAGAUACGUCAGGGACACCUGCUGCGUCCGCUGCCUCCACCCAGCCCUCGGCCUCCUACUCCGUUAGUGGAACAACCUCUCAGUCUGUGACGCACGCCGCUGCCGCUACUACUGCAUUUAGUGCUACCACUGCCACCACGGUUGUCGGUCCCCCCGCCAAGGCCACCGGCAAGUCUGCCCCACAAGUACCGGUUACCGCCGACAAACCAGUAUCCGCUGCGCCAGUAGCUACCUUGACAGCUUCGCCUCAGCCGCCGUUCACAACGCCCGCACACCCUGGUGCUGCAGACGUUCAACAGUCAGCCGUCCUGCUAAGCUCUUCACCUCCUUCCCGGGCCCCUGCUAAGGCCCAGCAAAGCGCCCCCUCUUUGUCAGGCACCGCUCCCAGCACUGCUGCCGUGACACAGCCAAAAGGGCCGACGCCUGGAACCUGGUCCCCCGCCGCGCCUCCUGAGCCCCCUCAACGGGGUGAGUCAAGCAGUGCGUCCAUCAGGAGCAGACGAGACAUCCCUCACUCACCGACGCCGCCAGCACCUUCACCAACGGCCGCGGCGUCCAGACCCUCCGCGGCGGACCAUCCCGCUGAGUCACAGCAGGCCCGCAAGCCUGACGCUGCGCCAGUACCGUUGCCGCCUCAGGAAGCAACAGGUGCGGCGCCUCAGACCACGCCAGGCCUAGUUGGCGGCCGCGUUUCCCCCACACCCACGAUGCCCAUCCCAACACCGCUCUCUGAGCCCAGUGCCAACCUGCUGAAGGCUGCCGGGCUGACGCCAUCACCCCAAACAGCACCAGGGGACACGGGCAGCGAAAAGACGCCCCUUCAAGCAGAUACCCCCCAAGACAUCCACCAAGAGAUGAUGUCACCCGUUCCUCCGCCUCCCCCGCCACCCACAGGAGGGAUAAUACCCCCGGGAAGGAUCGAGACCAGUCCAUUCCCGCCACCACCCCCGAGUCUCGCCACUGAGGGAAGAAUGGCAGGCCUUCCGCCGCCCAUGCAACUGCCGGAGUGGGAGGAGGGCAAGGAGGACUACGUGCGUGAGUCAGUGACGAAGCGCAUCAAGGCCUUUGAGAAGCAGGCGUCCAAGGAGGAAGAUGACCUACCCCUCACAGAGCGCCUCCUGCCCCCCGCCCGCCCCGUGGCCCCCUGGGUGAAGAAGACAUCCACCGGCGCCGUCCAGCAUGACACAUACUGGGACAUGACAUCCCCGGAGGAGCCUAGUGGAGGCGCCCCCAUGCCCGCCCCUCCCCCAGCCCAAGCCCCAGCACCUGCACCUGCCCCAGCACCUGCCCCAGCACCUGCCCCAGCACCAGCACCUUCCCCAGCCCCGCCCCCGCCCCCCCAGACCGCACACGCACACACGCAAGUGAAGAAAGUCGAGCGAACGAUGUCCCCGUCCAGGCCAACCCAGUCUAAGGCCACCACCUCCACAGCUCCACACAGCCCCAGUACAGUCCGGUUCGCCCCCACCCCUACAAAGACCCACCAGCAGCCCCACCAGGCCCAGCACCAGCCCUUCCAGCAUCCGAUCAGUGGAGUUGCCAGAGGCUCUCCAACGGGUCGCCCUCGAACGGUCCCGCCCCGCCAGAGAUCCGUUUCGACCGGGGACUACCUGGCGAACUACAUCAUCCCGGAUUCUGAUAUCCUCAAGAUGCCCGCCGAAGGAACAACAGGCGUGGUGUCGGAGCCCGUGUCGCAGCCGUCCCCGGUGAAGGUCGAGGAGCCCUUGUUCGACCCCUGGUGCGACCCCAAGAACCCUCGCACAAUCACUUUCCAGGACGUGAGCGCCGCUGCCUUCAAAAUCAAGUCCGGCAUCAUGAACACGCCCUGCACACGCUCCCACCUCUCCAACAUCACCGACAUGGAGAUAUUUUUCAAGAAGGAGUUCAACCAGUGCACCGGGAGCUUCAAGGAACGAGGUGCCCGCUACACGCUCCUGAUGCUUAGUGAAGAGCAGCAGAAGAAGGGUGUCAUCGCUGCCUCGGCCGGGAACCACGCGCUGGCCCUCUCCUACCACGGGCAAGACCUGGGCGUUCCCGUCACUGUGGUGAUGCCUCUGGUGGCCCCUAUCAUGAAGGUGCAGGCUUGUCGGCAGCACGGCGCCAACGUCAUCGUGCGAGGCAAGGACAUCGGAGAGUGCCGGGAGUACGCCCUCAGACUCUCCAAGGAGCAGGACCUUCUGUACAUCAACGGGUAUGACCACCCGCAGAUCAUCGCCGGGCAGGGCACCAUGGGGCUGGAGAUCGUGGAGCAGGUGCCCAACAUUGACGCCGUGGUGAUCCCCGUUGGCGGCGGAGGCCUCAUCGCUGGUGUGGCCCUGGCUGUCAAGGCGCUCUACCCUCAUGUUAAAGUCAUUGGUGUGGAGUCCGAGAAAUGUGCCAGCUUCAGCGGUGCCAUGAAGGCCGGCAAACCCAUCUAUGUGAAGGCCGAGUCCACCUUAGCCGAUGGUCUGGCGGUCCCGAGGGUUGGCGUCAAUGCCUUCGCCACAGCCGCUCCUCUCGUGGAUAAGGUGGUGACAGUGAAGGAGGAGUGGAUUGCCAUAGCCAUCCUGCGUCUGGUGGAGGGGGAGAAGGCGGUGGUGGAGGGCGCCGGAGCCACCGCCCUCGCUGCCAUCCUCGCCGGGGAGCUGCAGGAGUUGAAAGGCAAAAGGGUGGUCAUCCCUCUGUGUGGCGGCAACAUCGACACCACAGUCCUGGGUCGGUGUCUGGAGCGAGGUCUUGCUGCGGACGGGCGGUUGGUCAAGUUCACAGUGACAGUCAGCGACAGGCCUGGAGAGGGAGGGGCCUUUAAGAAACAUGAUCCCCGCAGCUACUGGGGUAUCGCUGAGCUAACGCGACUUCUGGCCAACCUGGGAGUGUCGAUCAAGGACAUGGUGCACGAGAGGGCGUGGAUCAGGAGUGACAUCUUCAGCGUAGAGGUCAAGGUGCUGUGUGAGACCAGGGAUAAGGAUCACUCGGAGGAGCUGCGCAGCGCCCUCCAGCAGCGCUACAAGAUCCUGCGCUUCGGCAGUCAAAAUCCCGCUGGUACACUGGGCCAGUAGACCUUUUUUGAUCUCCUUCCUCUCUAGGUGUACAUCAGUGAAGGUGAUGGCCGAGACCAGGGACUACGACCACUUCCUGGAGCUGAAAUCGGCUCUUGAGCAGCGCUACGAGAGACUACGCUUUGCCAUGCCCAAUUCUAUCCAUGACGACACUGUGUCUUUCCCUUAGAAGCCCGCCUGCCCGCCCGCCAGCCCACAAGCCCACCAGCGAGCCAUCUUUUGUCUUUCCAUUCAGUUGUAUCUUAGCUGUAUAUGUCUGAGGCAAAUUUCAGUCACUUGAUUACGAUUUUGCACUGCUGUUUCGUUCCCGACCUGACGGCUUCGCUUCUGUAGAUGUGAUAACAAGAAAGAAAGUGUUUGACUGAUUUACUACACUGAGAAGAUGAUACGAGGUUAGUUUUUAAUGGGAGUUGUUGAUAGAAAAAAAUAUUAGACCUUUUUCUUUCUUAUUUGGUUUGUGAUUAGAAAGGAAAUAAAUGAACAGGUAGGAAUUUCUAGGUCCUCUUAUUUGACUUAAUCUCUGGUGCUAUUUUUCCUCUCUCUUUCGUAUGGAUGUCCGCCAUUAGGAUCCGUCUACCAGCGAGAGUUUAUCUGUAGCAAUGCAGUGAGGGAUUUAUUUAUGGCUUUCCGGCUAGAUAUUUUAAUUCAUGUGGUGAUUUUGCAUAUCCUCAUUAACUCUUCAUUGUUAUCCUCAUCUCCUUCCUCCGCUGUUUUAUUUUGGGUGUCUCUGAGCCAUCACCAAAAGCAGAAGUGCAUAGUUAUUUUCUGAAGCGGCAUAUUUUUGUAGCUCCAUCAUUAAUUACUCUAUGGUACCCUCCUUUCCUUCCUUGACUUUCUGAUGGGUAUUCCUGAACCACCACCAGCAGCAGAAGUAUAUCUAUUUUUCCUGUAGCAGCCAAGUCCAAUGAAAGACACGGCUGCUGUUCUUUUACCAUCAUCCAUUCGCAGGAGUAACGCUAGCGGGUAUUUUUUGUUUCAUCUUCAUUUUUGAGCUGCCUUCUUCACUGUGAAAGACAAAAAAAUACGAGAUGAUUUAUAUAUUUCUCACCAUGAGGAAUGAUUCUUGAUACAUAGUCGUUUUGAUGUGUAUGUGUAUCGCAGUUUCCGAUCUAGCAGUGGCAAUAGAAGAGGAGUUUUUUUUUGUGUAUGUAAGACGAGAAAUGAGUGAGAGCUUCUGUGCUUGUGUUGGCGGCUGGUCCACCACACGCCGGCCCAGGAAGAUCACUCGCCAAAACUCGUCAAACCGAGACACAUUCAAUACGCACAUUACUAUCGAAAACACAUAUUAUUACCAUCGUUCUUCAGCCUUUUCCUCUUUUUCAAUACCCUACGCCCCUGUCCACCCAGCAGUGAAUGGGUACCAGGUAUUAUUCGGGGGUUGUGUCCUGUCUCCUGAGAUCUGUUCCCUUCUCCUAUAAUUCCUUCCCCAUCUGUCUCUCUCCGGCAUAUGACCAUAGAUGUUGCGCCGACUAAACUAAACUUUCCACCUUCAGCCUCAUCCUUCAGCUCAUCUUAACUAGCCCGAGACAAUCAUCACUACCACAACAGCAAUAAUAAUGUACUGUGCUAUGAUUAAGUAUGAUAUUAAGUAUGAUUAGAUAAAUAUAGCAUAGACGUGUAUAUAUAUAAGCACCAGGUUCUUCGUAAUAAAUCUUAACCAUCUG